AUGUUGUGUGAGGGAACGACCCUCCGGUCAGCUGCCCUGCGCGUAACGCGUUCCUCGUGCCGUUGCCUCCAGAUACGACGCCCCUCCCCGGAGGGGGACCAGAGGCCGCGGGGCCUCGAGAAGCGCGCGGUGGAUGAGGGGCCCCAGGCGCGCAGGCUGGUGACGUUCAAAGCGAGCAACAAUAUGUUGUACCCCAAGGAAGACAAAGAGAACAGGAUCCUUCUCUAUGCGUGCCGGAAUUGCGAUUACCAGCAGGAAGCAGACAACAGCUGCAUCUAUGUCAAUAAGAUCACACAUGAAGUAGAUGAAUUAACCCAAAUCAUCGCUGAUGUUUCUCAGGAUCCAACUCUGCCCCGAACAGAGGACCACCCCUGUCAGAAGUGUGGUCACAAGGAAGCUGUAUUUUUCCAGUCUCACAGUGCAAGGGCUGAGGAUGCCAUGAGGUUGUAUUAUGUUUGCACAGCCCCACACUGUGGUCACCGUUGGACAGAAUGAAGGCUUUGGGGAUGUCAUCUGUCCUCAUCCUCUUUCUUUGUUCUGAUGGAACUGCCUGGAGAACCAUCUGUUAUCCCACUUUAUUUGACUUUAGCUGGGUGAGGUUUAUCUGUUAAUAAAAAUGGUUCAUAUUUUUUA